AUGGAGGCGAAUUUUGUUGGAAUUAAAAAUAAAUGGAGUGAAAUUUAUGGAUGUUGUUCCAAUAAUUGUAUAAAUCCAAAUAAACCUGUUGGAAAUUGUAUUGAAGGAAAUGGAUUUGGAAAUUUAAUUAAUGAUGAAAAUAUUAAAUAUAUUAAUUGCUUGAAGGAGCAAGGAGGAAAAAAUGCCAUUGCUUAUGUUCAUGCUGAAAAUUCAUUUAAAAAACCUCAUACUUGUUUUAAUUAUUCUUUAUAUUAUUUUGAAGUUAAAUGUAUAUUUGAAGGAGAGUUGAAUCAAAUUUGGAAAUGGAUUUAUAUUGGUCUAAAAAAUUGUAGGACAAAUAAAUUUAUUAAAUUUUCUGCUGAGUUUGCUACUGUUUUUAACGAGAAAGCUGUUGGAUUUUAUCUAGACAAUAUUUCUUGGAAGGAUAAUGAUAUUUUUGGUUGUGGAUUAGUUUAUCCUCCAACUAAUAUGACAAAUGAAUUUCCUUAUGUUUUCUUUACACAAAAUGGAAAACAGAUUGGGAAAGCUAUUUUAUUGAACGAGAAUUCUGACUCAUAUAAACCUUCUGUUUUUCUGAUGAGUUGUUCUAUUGAAGCUAAUUUCGGAAAUAAUUUGGAAGCUAAGCCGUUUAAUUAUGAAAUCUCAAAACAUGAAAUUCUCAAAGAAUUUUAUUGA